ACGACGCCAACAGAGAGUGAUGGAGGUGUUGGUGUCUGCUGACUGCGACGGCGCAGUGCGGCGAUGGGGCACGGAUGGCUCGUCCGUGUGCAUCCUGCCACCACACAAGGAGCCCGUGAAUGUGCUGCGAGCUGACAAUGCAGCGAACAGGGUGUUUCUGGGGAAGCACAAACAGGUCAUGUCCAUCGAUCUCGUCACCAACCAGUCUGUCCUGAAUGUGGAAGCUCACAAGUCCAACGUGCUGGACGUCGACUGGUGUGCGCCCGUUUCCCUCCUCUUCACAGCAGGCGAGGACUCGCACCUCAAAGCCAUCGACCCAAAAAGCGACGCCGUGAUGAACGUCAUGGACUUGAGCAACAUGAGGGUCCCCAUCAACACGCUCAGAGUAUUUGAAGACCGGCUCUAUGUCGGGGACAAUGCUGGGUUUCUUCACGUACUGGAUGUUCGAAACCUGAAGCAGGCGCUAGCAACAAGGGGCCUCUCAUCCAGUGGCAUUGUCAGUCUUGACAUUGCGCCAACGGGACACACGUGCGCCCUCGAUGACGAUGGCGCCGUGUUCUUCUGGACGCCAUCGCGUGUUGACGGAGCAGUGGGCCACCAUGCGCACCUGCCCAUCGAUCAGGCGUCGUCGUGCCGCUUCACCAGUGAUGGGCGCGUUGUUGUCACCUCCGCCCUCCCAGACGUCUGGGUCUUUGCUGGUGCAAGCGGCAGCAGCACGCCAGAUGGCGAUGGGACGCGCAGUGGUCACGAUAAUGGCAUGGGUAAUGGUGUUGCGCGCGGUGGCGUGGGCAAGGAUGAUGUUGGGAUGGCGGCUGCGUUCACCCCGCUCUUCCGGCUGGCUGGGCUGCAGCGUGGCGCGUGGUCGUCGUGCACGUCCUCCACGAACCAGUACAUCUUCGUUGGCUGUGAGGACGCCAGCAUCGCCGUGUAUGAUCUCUCUCUCGACCCGCACGCCCCAGACCAGCUGCGCUCGUCACAGUCUGCCGACUUGGCAUCGUCCUCGCUGUCUUCGUCGUCGUCGUCGCUAUCAACAUCAUCCCCUCGCCGCAAGACGAGUCUUGAGCAGAGCAACGCAGCCGUCAUCCCAGAGCCGUCGUGGGUCUGGAAGGGCCACGAAUUUGAUGUGGUCUCCGUCACCACAGCCAUCGCCCCAUCAUAGCACGCUCUUGUGUCUGCCUGUCUGUCUGUCUGUCUGUGCGUAUGUGUGUGUCUGUCUGUGUCUGUAUUUGUAUGUGUGUGUGUCUGUGUGUGCAUUUGUGUCUGUAUUUGUGUGUGUCUGUGUGCCUGCGUCUGCGUAUCUGACCGUCUAUCUGUUUGUCUGUCUGUCCGUGUGUGUGUAUGUCUGCAUCUGUGUCUAUGUAGACAUGUGUGUGCUGUACAUAUUGUAACAUAAUUGCACCUCCCCCUCCCACCACCUCGUUGUUUGCGUUCCGUUCAUCCACUCCACACCAUGUGCUCAUUCGUGCGCAUGUAUCUGGCUAACACGCGUCUUUUCUAUUGUACAACAACUCAACUGCACUGCCGCCAUUUUCAAGCCCGACUCAAACGCGUGCAAAUGUCGCAAUCAUGCACAUGCACACGCAAGCAUAUGUUUGCCUAUGUAACAAACACACGUGCGUAAACACACACCCUACAUACACCACAACCGCAACAUUCACGGAAUCAAUCACCGCCAUCACCUUGUGCAUCCUCGUCGUCCUGCCCUUGUGUGUGCGUCUGUGGAACAAUAACGCCUUCGCCG